UCUUGCUUGUGUGCAGUCAGCACACUUAUCCUGCUCAUCAUGCUGCAGAGCCUGCUGCUGCUGCUGCUGAGCCUCCUGUGCCUUGGGACUCAGCUCCACCUCGGCCUGGCCUGUCAGCUGCCGUCCGACUGGAGACCCCUGAGUGAAAACUGCAGGGCUGAGCUGGCGGAAAUCAUUGUCUAUGCCAAAGUCUUGGCCCUGCACCAGGAUGUCUACAGCAUGUACAACUACUUGCCCUGGCAGUACGAAGCCACUGAGGAGGGGCUUUUCUACUCGGCUGAGAUUGAGAUGCUUUGUGACCAGGCUUGGGGGAGCAUGCUGGAAGUGCCCAUGGGAUCCAGGCUGAACCUGACAGGACUGGGCUAUUUCUCCUGCCACUCCCACACAGUCAUGCAAGACUACGCCUACUUCUUCUUCCUCAGAAUGGAUGAGAACUACAACCUCCUUCCGCACGGAGUUAAUUUCCAGGAUGCAAUAUUUCCAGAUACCCAAGAAAACCGACGGCUGUUUUCGAGCCUCUUCCAGUUUUCCAACUGUACUCAAGGGCAGCACAGUCUAAACUUUGCCAGCGACUGGGAGAUACAAGAGGACAACAGGCUGAUGUGCUCCUCAAUCCAGAAGGCCUUGUUCGAUGAAGAAGACCGCGUGAAGAAGCUCCAGCAGACAGUCACAGCCCUGGAGAAGCACAACAAGCAGCUACGUAAUCGAGUGAAGAAGGUGAAGCGGUCACUCCGACAAGCCAGGAAAAACGCCAGGCAUGUGGAGCUGAUCAACCGGAAACUCAGUGAGAAGCUCUCUGCUGCAGGGAGCCAGAUCCCCCAUGCUAAUUCCUUAAAGCAAGCCAACUCUCAUGCCACAUACCUGAAAGUGUAAUGCCAGUCUUGGAGA